ACUAUUUGCACGGAAAGUGAGUUAUAUAACCUCUUUGAAAACUGAAUAGAAUACGAUUUAUCCAUUCCAUAUUUAUUGUUCAGAAAAGUAAUCUCGCUAUUUACUUCGAUUGAAUAUUUUUCUCAUUUAUUUAAAUAUCUUUGCAUUCACACAUUAAUAAUGCUUCGAUUGCUAGCAUGUUUGCGUCCUCAGACUUGCAAAGCGGUGUUUGCUGCAACGUCAUCUUUUGUGAAAACUAAACACCCAACAUUAGUAGAACACGCUCGCAACUUUUGUGUUAGUACCAAUCUGUUUUCCUGUCAACUUCAGAUCCAGCAACCUGCACCUGAAUUUUCUGGAACUGCUGUAGUCGACGGUGGUUUCGAGGAGAUAAAACUGAGUGACUACAAAGGAAAAUAUGUUGUUCUUUUCUUUUAUCCUUUAGACUUCACGUUCGUUUGUCCUACUGAGUUAAUAGCAUUCAGUGAAAAAAUUAAAGAGUUCAAAGCUCUGAAUACACAAGUAAUUGGAGCUUCUACAGAUUCCCACUUCAGCCAUUUGGCAUGGACUACAACGCCAAGAAAACAGGGUGGACUAGGUGGCAAUUUGGGUUAUCCUCUUCUUAGUGACUUCAACAAGGAAAUAUCAGCUAAAUAUAACGUCCUUCUCCAAGAUUCUGGAAUUGCAUUGCGAGGUCUUUUCAUUAUAGACAAAGAAGGAAUACUGAGACACCUCAGUGUGAAUGAUUUACCAGUAGGCAGAAGUGUAGAUGAAACAUUGAGGCUUAUUAAGGCAUUUCAAUUUGUUGAAAAACAUGGAGAAGUUUGUCCUGCAAAUUGGCAACCUGAUUCCAAGACCAUUAAGCCAAAUCCAAAGGAUAGUAAAGAGUACUUUGAGUCAGUAAAUUAA